AUGCCACCCCCGUCGCCCACGCGAGACGGGCCGAAAAAGCAGUCUGUCGAGUGCGAGGCUUCCAAGGUGAAAAGUCCCGAGCCUCGACAGCGUAGACGCAGCAUGGAGGCGGUGCCGAUGGAACCUCAAGAGACCAUGGCGGCAACAUACACCAAGAAAUAUCUGCAGCGUCGACGCAGUCAGGUGGACGAAGCACACAAAGAGCAGCAGCGUAGAUCCAGUGGAUGCAGACGAAUGGAGCGCAGAUGUAGCAGCUCGGAUGCAGAAUUUUUCACUGAACCUUUGAAAGACAAUGAGUCUUUACCACCUGUUGAAAAGCAACAGGAGAAUAAUUGCCACGAGGAAAAUGGCCACCAUCACUCUGGUGAUACGACAGUUGCAACUGACCUGGCUGCAACUGGGAAAGGGGUCCAAACGGAGAAUGAUGGUCAUUUUGCCAUGAUUGUUCGAGACCAGAGCGUGAAAGUGACGAUGACGAAGAAGCGGAAGGCUCCUUGCGGCAGGUCGACGCUUGCGCUGGCAGUUGUAGCCGGCGUUGUGACUGUCACGGUUGGCGGUGGAAUUGCCAUUUGUCGAAUGUAUCCAUCGUCUCCUGCCGCAAUUUCGAUCAGAUUCGUGGCAACAAAAACAGAGGAAAUUCUCACCAGACUGCUAAAGACACUGACGCAUGGUACGGCGUGGACGCAAUCCGCUUUGGACUGGACGGGAUUGAAGUCCCAUAUGAGUGAUGUGAGUCUUUCUAGUCACAAGUUUCUGGCCCCGUUAGAGACAACUCAAGCAGCGAUCCAGAGUAUAGCAAGAGAGCUUACAACACAAGAGUCUCAGGCCUUACAGGACGUCAAGCGCUUGGAGAACUAUCGACUCACAAUCGCUUCGGACACCAACGCAAUACUGGCAGAAACUCGGGAUUUCGCUCUCGAAAGUAUUGGCAAAGUGAAAAUGGCUGCUUUGGAAGCAAUCGAGCGUCGCUUGAAGCUGCUGGAAGAGCGAUACGCUCGAUCCUUUGAUCAAGCGCUGAAGGAGUACGAGCGGACGUCACAACAAGUCGAGAAAGAGGGCGGAGCUGAAAUUACUGUGGAAAGCCAAGCUCAAGUUGAUGCAGCGAUGGCUAUGAAGAGAGCUCUGACAGCGGAUGAUGGAAAGCCAGCGGAAGUGCCAGUUGCUGACGACUAUGAGCUCUCUAGCGAUGGACUUCGGGACGAUGUUGCCACUGGCGGUAUCGAGCUAGGAGACGUGGAGGCUGAAGAGCUGGCAGAGGCUUCAGUUGUGGCAGAGCAAGGUGCAGCUGAAGAGAGCGACAAGGAGGAGGUUGUAAUCGCUCCUGAGCUGCUUAAAGAGGGCCUCAUGACCAUUAAUCACGCAGAAGAACCGGCGCAGGAGCAAAGUUUUGAAGUCUUGGAGACUGAAGACGCUAUCGAAGAGCUAGCACAGAUAUCGGCUGAGUUGACUGAUCAAGAUGCGAAGCUGUCGACUUCAGUGGAUGAAAUGCUGCGUCUUUCGAUGUCAGCAAGCAAGGAUCAAGGAGAUGGUGUGGUGAAGAUCGCGAAGGAAAACGUAGUGACGAAUGAGCUGGAGUCAGUGGACAAGCAAGUAGAAGGCAAGCUGGAAGAAACGCUCUUCACGGAAGUCGUAGUGGACGUAGACAGCACGUUGCUGGAGAUUGAGCGCACCCAAGUGGAACUGACGGAGCUGUUGGAGGCGCAGAACUUGUCAACGGUAGACGCUUCGAGACAGGAGGGAGAUGGGCUACAUUUAAACGUUCGAGCUGAUGAGACCGACUUGGAGCAUGAUGUGGAGGCUGAUUCGGCUGCAGCUAAAGGCACCGCGGAACGAGCUUUUGCUGCUGUGAAAACGCGGAUGGCUACUCAACCAGGUCCUGAGAUGGAAGGUGGUGUAGACGAAGAGAAGACUACGAUCGAGUUGAUGUUAACAGAGGAGCAUGCUGAAGAACACAGCGAUGUUUUAACGGACGACACGGAGAUGGAAGUGCGGACCGAGGAGAUAAAAGCUGAAGUCGUUCUUAGUGUGGAGCGAGAAAGUGAGAACGAUGCUGUGGCAACUGGAAAAGAGACAGAAGAGCGUGAUGUUGAUGCAGUCGACGACGCUCCGUCAGGCGAGCAACCAAAGAAAGACGUUCAUGUGGCUAUCUCUAACGAAAUCGAGGCUUUGGAGACGGUGGUGGCGAAGGAACUGGAAGAGCUGGAACAACUUGAACAGGUUCUGUUGCAGACGGAAGGCGUUCGAGUCGAAGAAGAGCUGCGAGCGAUUGCGAAGGAGGAAGCGAGCUGGCUGCAAAGUGAAGAGGCUGCUCCGCAGCAAGACUCGCUGUCUGACCAACGCACCGCGACGAUAGACACGAACGCGCCUGCUGAUGUGAAGAGUGAAGGUCCUCCAGCGUCAACAUCCCCUUUGAUGCAGAUAUGCUUGCUCUCUUUGGUCUUCCUCGGCUUUGCAGCGUUGGCUGCGUAUUUAUUGAUUCGAUACCACAAGCCUAAAGUGGUUGCUCGAUCGCCACGACGUAAGAGAUGGCAACGAUUAGCGGACUUGGAUGACUCUGACACUGAGGAGGUAGUGUUGAUGCAAGACAGCUCGGACGAAGAAGACGCAGAGGGUGCGUCUAAGGAACCUCCAGAAGAAGUGGAACUGACGUCCAGUGUCGAGUUGAAGGCAACAACGAUCGAAGCUUCGGACGAGGAGGUUGAUGAUGGCGAGGAGACGGUGGAGACGCACGAAAUUGUCGAAGAACACGAAGAACUUGUGGAGGACGAGGCUGAGUCCAAGGCAACUCGAACUGUUGUCGUUGAAAGUGUCCAGACGACGUACACGGCGGAUCAUCCUGCCUCGUCUAGCUCGGACACGUCGGCGGAUGAUAGCAGUGCCAGUACUGCCAACACUUCUGUGUCCACUCCACCGAAAGACACUCCAGACACGUCUCGACGCCCUCGUCGAAGCCGUCGCCACACGCACAUGUAGGUAAACAAGCAACAAAGUAUACGAACAGACUAGCAAAAACGUACAUACAAAAGAUGACAGGAAGAGCAGAACAUCCUGACUACAAUUUGAGA